GUCGGCGUUGUUCUUUGGUGCCAGGGUGCUCUGCGAGGUUGGGGCCCGGCCGCUGCCGUGCCGGCGGGUGCGAUGCCGAUUCUCCGGGGCGUGUGGGGCGUGCUGGCUGCCCUGGGAAAGUCCGGAGCUGAUCUCUGCACGGACUGUGGGAGCCGACUGCGCUUUCCCUUCAGGUUUGUUUUUAUACCCAGAUGGUUUUCAUCCGCCUUGAGUAGUUAUCCCAAGAAGCCUAUGACUUCAUACGUUCGGUUUUCUAAAGAACAGCUAGCCAUAUUUAAAGCUCAGAACCCAGAUGCGAGAAAUUCAGAACUAAUUAAAAAAAUUGCCGAGAUAUGGAGGGAACUUCCUGAGUCAGAGAAAAAAAUAUAUGAAGAUGCUUACAAGGCAGACUGGCAGGCAUACAAAGAAGAGAUAAACAGAAUUCAAGAACAACUAACUCCAAGUCAGAAAGUAUCUUUGGAAAAAGAAAUGAUGCAAAAACGUUUAAAAAAGAAAUCAAUAAUAAAAAAGAGAGAGUUAACACUGCUUGGAAAACCGAAAAGACCUCGCUCAGCUUAUAACAUUUAUAUGUCUGAAUGCUUCCAAGAAGCUAAGGAUGGUACAUCACAGUUAAGGAUGAAGACUAUAAAUGAAAAGUGGAAAAAUCUCUCCAGUUCUGAAAAGGAAGUAUAUAUUCAGCUUGCUAAAGAUGAUAAAGUUCGUUAUUAUAGUGAAAUCAAAUCUUGGGAAGAACAGAUGGUUGAAGUUGGACGUGAAGAUCUUCUUCGCCGCAAAGUGAGGCUCCAGUCAAAGAACACUGAGGAGUAUUAAAUAGAAGACUGAGUUAUGUUCAUAAUGGAUAGAAGGAAGCCAAUUAGGUCUCAAUCUCUGAAACUGUUACAAAAUUAGAAGGAUAAAGUUGGUCAACAUUUUAUACUUAAUUCUUUUUUCUUUAGCCCAUGGACUUCUGCCAGGUCAAUACAUUUUGUAUUGGUAUCUUGCUUUGGAAAACUCAAACAUAUAAAAGUUCAUGUGAAAUUUAUUUUGUGUUUAGAAACUACUGAGGAUCAAAAUAAUCCAUGGAAUGUAUCAAUAAUCAUUUUACCUUUGAUAAAGGUGAGUCGUACUGUGAAGGUUUUUUAUAGUACCUGAUGACUGUGGAAAGAGUAUUCUUGUUUCCUUAUAUUACGGAGGCAGGGGUUUCCUAUUCAGAAGUGUCCCAAGUCAUAGAGCCAUAGUGUUCUAUGAUUAAUUGUGGAUUUUUAAAAGAGCACCCAGAUCUCAUUUACGUCAGUUCCAGAUCCUAGGUAUCAUUUCUAUUCAGAGCUGAUUGUUAUACAGGAAAGGGCUUGCUGGUUUCAGUUGCAACCUUUUGUACAAGAGAUGGAGAGAUUUGUAAACCUUUUUCUCUUUGCCUGUUUCCUAAAGUAAAAACAAAGAAAUUAUGUACCAAAUCUAUGCAUAUUGUUUUAUAUUGCAUAGAAUACAAUUUGUUUCCUAAUUACAUGUUUAAGGUGAAACAUUUGUUUUACAGCUUCUUUCUGUCUUUUUUUAAAGUAGGGCUUUGUACUUUGAAUUAGUUUUCCCCUCUCAUGUGAGUAUAUUUAUCCAGAAAGUAGAGAACUUGUCUGGUAAGUUUUAAACUGAAAGAUCCAGAAACAAGUUUCCAAAGUCUCUGGACUUGGAACCUGUAAUUUUAAAACAUUUUAUAUAAGAUAAAAGACUAUAUAAGGGACAGCCAGCUCUGGCCCAUGGGCCAAAUCUAUGCCUGCUUUUCAUGACCUAUGACCUAAAAAUUGUGUUUGCAAUCUUAAGUGGUUUAAAAAAAAGAUUAUUUCAAGACACAUGAAAAUGAACAUCAGGUUCAGUGUUCAUAAAUAAAAUUUAUUGGGAUACAGCCAUACUCCUUCAUUUAUUUGUUAUUUAUGGCUGCUUUUUUGCAACAAUGGAAGAGCUGAGUAGUUGCUUCAGAGACUGUGUAGUCUGCAAAGCCUAAAGUAUUUACUAUCUGACCCUUUACAGAAAGUUUGCCAACCCAUGGUCUGCAGUAUAGUGUAGUGUAGUGACAAGUGUAUUAAUAUGUUGGGAUAAGUUUUUUUAACCAAUUGAGAGGUUCUUGUUUUAGAAUCUUUGUCACCAUGGUCUUAAGAGGAAAGAGGUCAAAUCACAGAAGAAGCUAAACAAACUGUUUCCCCACAGCAUUAACAAGAAAAAUAAUCUUGUUUCACAUUACGUUGUAGUGUAAUAAAAGAGUUCCAUCUAGUAUGGAAUGUGAUUCUUUGAAGUAUUUCCUGACUUGGUAAAUGAAUCUUAAGAGUUUUCCAGUUAGACAUAGCACAAAAACCCUACCAUCUUUUAGCAUUUGUUUAUCCUCUUAAGAGAGUCAAGCAAAAGUUUUCAAAGUUCACACUACCUUUUUUGAGCAAAAGAGUUCAUCUUUCAUCAUCAGUUCAUAGGAAUUGUAUAACUCAAACUUAUACCUACCUUAUAUUAUGCAGACUAUUUAGAGAGUCUGGAUUCUAGAUCUCCAGAAAAGUUUUGAGGAUUUUUGUUUGUGGAUAGAAAAUAGGAAGUCAUGACUUGUUCGUUACUGAACUUGACAAAAGUAUGUUCUGAAGAGAAAAAUAUAACAAGAGGAAGCGUAAGAUUUAAAUGUAUGAAGCUGAGUGUUUUCAAACAAUGUCCCCCUGUGGUUAUGAAUACAGGACAAAGUCGGCUAUUAGUUAAAUAGACACCCUGAGGGGAGAGGUUGGGAAGAAGGGGUGUGCUGGUGUCUAUCACAAUUUUUCUCAGUUGGGUUUCUAGGAGAGAUUAAGCCCUAACUCCCUGUCGCAUUUAGAACGGUACUGAUUAUGUACUGUACUUAGGAGAGUGGAGAAAAUA